AUGGCUCUGCGGCGCGCCCUCCCCUCCGCGCUGCGCGCCGGCGCGCCCCGCCCCGCGCCUCUGUCCACGGCGCCCGCGGCCAGCGAGAAGCCCCCUGCGGGGCCGCGGGCCGGGCCGGGGCGGCCGCCGGUGCCCGCCGUGGACUUCGGCAACGCGCAGGAGGCGUACCGCAGCCGGCGCAGCUGGGAGCUGGCGCGCAGCCUGCUGGUGCUGCGCCUGUGCGCCUCUCCCGCGCUGCUGGCGCGCCACGAGCAGCUGCUGCAUGGCGCCCGGAGGCUCCUGGGGCAGAGGCUGUUCGACAAGCUGAUGAAGGCGACUUUCUAUGGGCAGUUUGUGGCUGGCGAGGACCAGCAGGCCAUCCGGCCCCUCGUCCAGCGCAACAAGGCUUUCGGCGUGGGCUCCAUCCUGGACUACGCUGUGGAGGAGGACCUGAGCCCUGAAGAGGCAGCACGGCAGGAGAUGGAGUCCUGCACUUCGGCCGCGGAGAGAGAUGGCAGCCGGGCGAGUCAGAGGGAGAAGCAGUUCCAGGCCCACCGUGCCUUCGGGGACCGCAGGGGCGGCGUCACCGGCGCCCGCACCUACUUCUACGCCAGCGAGGCCAAGUGCGACCGGCACCUGGACACGUUCCUGCGCUGCAUCGAGGCCGCGGGUGGAGCCAGUGAUGACGGCUUCUCGGCCAUUAAGCUCACCGCACUGGGGAGACCCCAGUUUCUGCUGCAGUUCUCGGACGUGUUGACCAAGUGGAGACGGUUCUUCCACCAAAUGGCGGCAGAGCAAGGGAAGGCCGGGCUCACUGCCACCGACAGGAAGCUGGAGGUGGCCGCGCUGCAGGAAAGCGUGGCCAAGAUGGGCAUCGCCACCAAGGUGGACAUCAAGGAGUGGUUCACGGCAGAGACCCUGGGGGUGUCUGGCACCGUGGACCUGCUGGACUGGAGCGGGCUCGUCGACAGCAGGACCCGGCUCUCCAGACACCUGGUGGUCCCCAACCUGCAGACAGGCCAGCUGGAGCCCUUGCUGUCGCGGUUCACCAAGGAGGAGGAGGAGCAGAUGAGGCGGAUGCUGCAGCGGAUGGAUGUCCUGGCCAAGAAAGCCCAGGAGGUGGGUGUGCGGCUGAUGGUGGACGCCGAGCAGAGCUACUUCCAGCCGGCCAUCAGCCGCCUGACGCUGGAGAUGCAGCGCAGGUUCAACACGGAGAAGCCGCUCAUCUUCAACACCUUCCAGUGCUACCUCAGGGACGCCCACGACAACGUCUCUCUGGACGUGGAGCUGGCUCGCCGGGAGGGCUGGUGUUUCGGGGCGAAGCUGGUGCGGGGGGCGUACAUGGCCCAGGAGCGUGCCCGCGCUGCCGCGGUCGGCUACGAGGACCCCAUCAACCCCACCUACGAGGCCACCAGCGCCAUGUACCACAGGUGCCUCAACUACGUCCUGGAGGAGCUGAAGCACAACCCCCGGGCAGCGGUGAUGGUGGCCUCGCACAAUGAGGACACGAUGCGCUUCACGCUGAGCAGGAUGCAAGAGGUGGGCCUGCACCCGGCCGAGCGCCAGGUGUACUUUGGGCAGCUGCUCGGCAUGUGUGACCAGAUCAGCUUCCCUCUGGGCCAGGCCGGUUUCCCCGUGUACAAGUACGUGCCCUACGGCCCCGUGAUGGAGGUGCUGCCCUACCUGUCCCGCCGCGCCCUGGAGAACAGCGGCGUCAUGAGGGGCGCCCAGCGGGAGCGGCAGCUGCUGUGGCAGGAGCUGAGGCGGAGGCUCCGCACCGGCAGCCUCUCUGCCAGCCCCGCCUAGAUGCACCCCCAGCCAGGGGCCCCCUUCCCACCUCAGCCGCCACCUCGGCCUCACACAGCAACCCCUCACACCGGGGGAGACCCACGGGGGAGCGGCGAGGUGCGGGGAGGGGGGCCCCCCGGGCCCCCCUCAGGCCAGGGGCCAGGUCAAUAAAGCAGUGUCUGCAGCCCA